GAUUUGUUUUUCGUCAUUAUAAAUUAUUUUAUUUAUAUGUUAUAAAAAUAAUAAGCAGAAAAUAUGACUCACACAGCAAUCAUAAUGAAUUUUUGCAUUUUUUUUCGAUUAGACGCAAAUCGCUCCGUACGCGCGCUAAUUUUUUCGCAGAAAAAUGAUGAAACCGAAUUUUACUCGUACUUCGUUGCUUCGGAAAACUUAUUAUAGCUGAAAUAAAUGAAGUAGAUGAAGUAAAUCUUCACGAAAACAUUCAAUUUCUGUCCGCUCGGAAUUACGGAGUUUCAUACAAGGACGAUGCUAGCGACAAAAUUGAUGGCAGGGGUGAAAUCUUUUUCUGCUACCCGCUAUACUCAAUUGCUUUUAGGAAUCCAACGGAGUGUACAACUAAUAUACGCUUUAGAGGGAGGCUUCAGAGCCUUCAGAUAAGGGAAACAACCUUCAGAUCUUCGUCGAACAUGUCGGACUAUUGUGGUUAUUAUUUUAGUAAAACAGAAAAAAUAUCGGUCUAAUAUACAGUUUCUAUGGUUUCUAUAAUAAAUACAUCCACGUGAAAUAUUCAUCGUCAUGGGUAACUGCAUGAGGACUCUGUUAAAAAAAUUACGACGGAAAAGCUACACCCCGAGGACUGUUGUGUUGCUCGUUGUAGGUCUGGAUAAUGCUGGUAAAACAUCCAUCUUGAAUCAUAUUUCCAAUGAUACUGGUCAGAAUGUUUUACCAACAAUGGGGUUUCAUACAGUAUCGUUGAAACAUAAAUCUUGUUUCAUUAAGGUCUACGAUAUUGGCGGUGCUUCACAAAUUAGAUCAAUUUGGCCCAAAUAUUAUAACGAUGUACAUGGUCUCAUUUAUGUGGUGGAUGCUAGCGACAUAUCACGUCUAACAGAAAAUAAAAUUGUAUUCGGAGAAUUAAUCGCUCAUGAACAUAUUAGUGGAAAGCCUAUAUUAUUAUUAGCUAAUAAGCAAGAUAUAAGCGGUGCCCUUGAUGAACUGGAUAUUGUGGAAAAUAUGGAAGUGGAACGCUUGGCCAAUACCAUGCGUUGCCCAACCAGGGUUGAAACGUGCUCGUGUGUCUUGUCCGGAGAAAAAUUGAUGUAUGAUACUCUCGGCAUCAUAAAUGGCUACAAAUGGCUGUUGGACAUGAUACUGAAGAACUUUGCGACAUUGGAUCAUCGCAUAAAACAUUCGCAAAAUGGUUUGAUCACUCGUGUACAGAGAAAAUUGUCUGCGACGUCGAUGACGCCUUCGCGAGCAUCGAUACGCUCUAAUCCUUUCAAACCGAUACAAGAAUUACUGGCACAAAGCCGUGAUCCUAAUUCGAGCAACGAAAACCUAAUCGAGCCCAAAAAGAAGAGAACAUCAUUAAAAAAGUUUCUUGCACCUUGCAAAAACAAAACAGCUCCGCUGAGCCUUGGAGAGCGUAUGAGUAAGUCACAACACUCGCUGCAUAAUGCAGGGCUCGAUGUUUUACCGACGAACAACGCACAGGAAAAUCAGGAUUCGAUGAAUCUCGUCACGUUGAAUCCCACGAACUUGAUAUCUCUUGAGUUGAAGGAUAGACCGAAGCCACGGCCAUUCACGGCUCCAGAAAUAUCUCGCAGACGAGAACCUUUGGUGUUGUAUAAUAUACCUGGUCAAGUGCCUCAUUAACAGUAUUAUAAGAAUUUGUAAUUGUUGUAUCUAUUUUGUAUAUGUAAUAACGAUAAAAAAAAACAAUAACUUUGCAUACAAGACCAAAUUUGAAUGGUUAUUAAAAAAAUAAACAUUUCAAUUUCAUA